GUGACGUUUUCUGUUUAUGGUGCAUUUGAGUGAGGUGAAUGAUGCAGUUAAGGCAAGCUUUAGAGGAUGCUUUAAAAGAUUUUCAAAAAUUUAUGUUUAUAGUCCUCUAAAUGGAAGAGCUAAAAGACGGAUUGGCUUUUAAAGGUGUUGCCGAAAGGCUGACGCUUGGUAUUAUUCGAAUACUAGAAAACAUGCCUGGUGUUGUUGAUGUGCGUUUCGCAGAUGGGGAGCCUGCAGAGAAGAGGAGCCUGCUAUCAUGGGAACAGAAAAACACUUGUAUUUUGCCAGAGGACCUGCGAGAUUUUUAUCUGACAACUGACGGAUUUACACUAACCUGGAGCGUUAAACUAGACAAUGAGUGUGUUCCCCUAGGACACAUGGUGAUUAACAGUGUGGCCAAGCUACACCCGCUGUUGCAGCCAGUAUCACUCUUCUCUCUUCCUAAUGCACCCUCACUGGCUGACCUGGACUGGGAGGAGAAUAGCACAGAAAGUGGGUCAGCACAUGCUCCUGCAGCACCCCAUUUUGAUUCCCGGAGCCGGAUCUUUGAGCUGGAUUCAUGUGGUGAGAAUGGCAAAGUGUGUCUGGUCUACAAAAACUGCACCCCAGGUGUAGUUGCCCAGCAGAGUGAAAUAUGGUUCCUCGAUCGCUCUCUGCGCUGGCAUUUUCUGACGGCAACUUUUACCUCCUACUAUCGACUGAUGAUAACCCACCUUGGUCUGCCUGAGUGGCAAUAUGCCUUCACCCCAUAUGGCCCCAGCCCCCAGGCCAAGCAGUGGGCAUCCCUGUACCAGCCCCUAACCUUCGGCUGUGAGCUCAGCCUGUCUGAUCCUGCUGGAGAUUCUUAUCUCAACAAGCUGGAUCCUUCGAAGGCCUUCAAAGUCAAAGCCAAGGUCCCCACCCCCAAGAAGAAGCAGUUAACUCAGUGCAUCUUGGGGAACACUACCAAGAGCCAAGGCAGCACAGGAAGGCAUAGUGGAGCAAAACGGUGAGAAGGUUCCCUUCUAAGGAAAACUUUAUCUCUCUUUUAUCAGUUUUCCUGGCUCAACACAAGGCGAUGUGGAGGCAACAUAGCAUGUAGAAGAUGUUUCUAACCUUGCAUAUGUUUAGGUAGUUGCAAAAAAACCUUGCCAUACUUUUAAGUAGACAUGGAAUAUCCUGAUCACUGAAGUAAUUAUUUUUGUUUAGCUUUACCUGCUAAGUGCUAGUGAUGGAGAAAUACUUAUUAACAGCCUUAUUUUACACAGAGUUUACUAGUGACACCCCCUGUUGUAAUUCAAAGGAGCCAUUUCAUGUAUAGUCUGACAUUGUAACAAAUUAUUCAACUUCUAACAAUUAAAAACUCAGUAGUAGUUUAUAACUAAAAAUGA